AUGUUUAGAAAAAGCAGACGUUUAAAACAUGUGUCAAAUGCAAUCAAAUCCGCAAGAGUUCAUGAUGUCUCAAAUGGUAUCGACUCUAAAGUUUUUGAUGCUAAAAGGAUAACUACGUAUGGUAUUAAUGGACGGAUAAUUAUUACUACGUUUGACUAUACCCAAAGUCUUCUGGCUGUUGCUACUACCGCAGGCGAAAUACACAUCUAUGGCCAAAAACAAAUCGAAGUGGUAUUCACGCUAAAAAAUAGGGCUCAAAUUAAGGACAUGAGGUUUGUUAAGGGAAUAUAUUUGAUAGCUGUAGAUGAUAAAAACAACGUAUUGAUUCUUUCAGUAUAUUCCAAACAAGUUUUGACCACUGUUUUUUGCCCAAACAAAAUCACCUGUAUCGAAACGGAUCCAUCGCUAGACUGGCUGCUGAUCGGUCUUGAAACUGGGUCAGUAAUGAUAUAUGAUGUGGAUAGAAACCAAAUGUCUAAACUGAGAAUUGAGAACUUCCAAAAAAGUAUGUUUUUACCAAAAGAGAGACUAUCACCCAUUGUGUCUAUUCAGUGGAAUCCCAGAGAUAUAGGAACAGUGUUGAUAUCAUAUGAGCAUGUCACCGUCAUAUAUUCAUUUGUAGAUGCUACUAUUAAACAACAUUUCUACUAUCAACUAGAACCAUACGCACCAGGCGGUGACCUAUCUACAAAUAUAGAAAAGAGAAGGACGCCGAAGGUCAUUCAAUCACUUUACCACCCAAAUUCGUUACAUAUUUUAACCGUCCAUGAGGAUAAUUCUUUAGUGUUUUGGGAUGUCAGCAGUGGUAAAUUGGUUCAAGCGAGAAGUAUAUUCGAAACACACGUGAAUUUCCCAAAUUCCACUUCAAAAGAUGACUCCUUGAGAGAAAGUCCAGCCAUUCUCAAAGUUGCAUGGCUUUGCCAGCGUAAUCCUGAAUAUACAUCAUUACUGAUUGCAACAAAGGCUACAAACAAUCUCGGCUCCCCACAGGGGCUAAUAAUGAUCGACUUGGGCGGCACACCUAUGUAUUCUAUUACAUCGUUCGAUGCAAUGAGCAAGUACUAUGCUAAACCGGUACAGCAAAAGCUAUUCUCAUUUGUCGGCAAGGCGCCCCUUAUAAACUUCCUGCCUUUGCCUAAGGGUUCGCCAUAUUUUGGUGGCGGCCAUGAUACAAAUCUUAUUCUAUUGCUUUUGGAAGACGGUGAACUUGAAACAUUAAUAUAUCCAACAGGAUCUUUCAGUUCUAGGGCCUCGAUAUUUCCCCGAAGUUUAGCUUGGGUCAGACCAACAGUUACCACCUCUGUAGCUGAGUCAGUCCCAAAAAAAUUGUGGCUAGGAAUGAUGACAAGCGCACAAAGUGAUUCGUUUCUUAAAGGCGGGAUUCCUGCGAUGAGACAUAUUAGAAACCAUGAAACCAGAUCUGCUUUACUGACUGGCCAUGUUAAUGGGUCAGUUAGAAUAUGGGACGCUUCACAUAGUGAAGUAACUGACAAUGCCGUGUUUGAAGUGAAUACUGCUAAAGUGCUCAAUAGAGGUGCCACUCUGGCUAUAGAGAAUAUUUCAUUCGCACCAGAAACUUUGGAACUAGCGGUAGCAUCCGAAGUUGGUGAUGUAAUUCUUUUCAAAUUCGAAACAAAUAGAUUUUACGGACAUUCACACAGGAGUGACGCCUUGGAAUUGAAAUUCAGCAGAUUUUCACUAGAUGAUUCGAACACUAUUCUUGUCGAUGUCAGAGAUAGAGGUCCCUCAAACGUUAAACAAGGGUUUAUGCCGAGUACAGUGAUUCAUGCUAAAAAAGGCGUAGUGUCAACGGUCAUGAAUAGUAACAUUGGAUUCGUUGCUAUCGGUUAUAAUGAGGGGACUUUUAUAUUACUGGACAGAAGAGGCCCUGCUAUUAUAUUUAAUGAGAACAUUAGGUUAAUAUCUAAAGCUGGUAGCUCCUACGUUUCUGCGGUUCACUUCUGUGUCAUGGAAUAUGGAAACGAUGGCUACUCUAGUAUCUUGAUGCUUUGCGGGACCAAUAUCGGAGAAAUUUUGACUUUCAAGAUACUACCUGCAGCUGGUGGUAGAUUCGAGGUUCAAUAUAUUGAUGCAAUGAAAACCAAUAAUCAAGGCAGAAUUGCGAAGAUCGACUCUUUUGCGAAAGAAACUGGAUACAGUUGUUGUGCUACCAUUAAGAAGAUGCAAGAUUUAAGUAAGGGGGUCCCAAUACCUGGUUUUGCCACAUCCAGUGGUGCAGCUGAUAUUCGCCUGAUAUCACCAGGUAAAUCUAAAGAUACUCAUGUACUGUUCAAAUGUCCCAUUGCGGCCAGUGGAUUGUCGUUUAUUCCGAUUUUAAAUAGUAAGGGAGAGAGCAAGCUCGCAACUAUUAUGAUUGCCUUACUAGUUAACGGAGAUAUAAAAAUUUUGACGGUACCUGAGCUUAAGGAAGUCAAAAACGCACACUGCCCAAUCCCCGUAACUGCCCAAUAUAUUGAAAAUUCUUCUGUACUGCAAAAUGGUGAUAUAGUGAUUCGCAACGGUAAAUUCCAAGCAUCUUUAAUUUCAGUAAUUGACGAAAGCGCCACCGGAACAAACUCCAAUAUUGAUACUUCACAAUCUACCCCUAUUGAUACUUUAUACAACCCUGAUCUGAAAAUUAGUUACAGACCCCAAGUUAACUCUUUACAAUGGGCAAGAGGAACUGUUUAUUGCACUCCAUAUCAACUUGAUGAACUACUUGGCGGUAUCGAAAGGCCCGAAUCAAAAUAUGAGGAGAGUGCUAUUGCUCAAGGAACCAUAUCUGACGGCAGAAAUAGCAAAACCGAAAAAUCGUUUGUUGGGAACGGUGAACACAUGUACGCCAAACCUGUGAGAAAUAAGGCCAAAAGCGGUGGAUAUGGUGUUCUUAAGAGUGUAACUAGAGCAGUUGAAACACGUCUAGACACAGUGGAAACCACCAUCAAUGAUUACGCAACCACGAUGGGCCAAACUAUGAAUGACGCUAUGGAAGAAACGGGAAGAGACCUCAUGAAGAAUGCCGUGGGUUUUUAG